AUGCUCGCUUACUCCGCAAGAAGAGUGGCCGUCAAGCCAGAUUUGCACACCGUCGCAUGUGCCCUCAAACCAAGAGUCACUCGGAGAAUCUCAACUGGGCUAACCCGAAGCAUAGUUACUGAGGACCUGAUAAACGCGAAAGAAAAGAAACAAUUGAGCUUUGUUGAGAUCGCUAAUCACAUUGGGAGAUCAGAAAGCUGGACUGCCGGACUAUUUUAUGGCAAGAAUCAACCGACUACAACAGAUCUUCAGAAAUUGACUGAAUUGCUUAACCUACCACCAACUGAGGAUCAAUCCAACCCUCUUACAUCCUCCAUCUCGCCUGAUUCAAGUUCAUCGUUAUUCCCUGUGAUCGAGGAAAUCUUGCGACUUCCAACCUGCGAAAACCGUCUGGUUACAGCCUGUGGAUGGAUCAAGACGAUUCGGAAACAGAAGAAUGUAUCAUUUGUUGAACUGAUUGACGGCUCAACACCACAUCACUUACAAGUUGUCGUCGGACCCAAGGACUCGGAAGAGCUUGAAACUGGUUGUGCGAUCCGAGUCACUGGAAACUUAGUUUUGAGUCGUGGUAAUGGGCAAUCAAAGGAGCUCAAAGCACGUUCAGUGAACUUGGUUGGCCCAUGCUUGGCACUCGAAUACCCUCUGCAAAAGAAAACACACGGCGCAGCGUUCUUAAGAAGGAUCCCUCAUCUGCGCGUUCGUACACACGAGACCAGCGCACUCAUGCGGAUACGAUCGACGAUGAUUCAAGAAGCAUCCUCAUUCCUGCAUGCCCAGCAUUUCUUUCGCUCCGAAACACCAAUCAUCACGUUCAACGAUUGUGAAGGCGCGGGAGAAGUGUUCUCCGUCAGACCCGACAGCCAAUCAAAAUCAUCUCUCCAACCACCCAUCACAAUAUCGGAAAAAGUACCUAACUCGGCACCCGAGUCUGCCGCCUCCCACGAAUCACGGUUCUUUGGACGCGAGGCUUUCCUCACCGUGUCGGGGCAAUUGCAUUUGGAAGCUCUCUCGGCCAGUCUCGGAAGAGUCUACUCAUUCGGACCAGCUUUCCGGGCCGAACGGUCUCAGACAAAUCGACACCUUGCCGAAUUUUGGAUGCUCGAAGCUGAAUUGUCAUUCAUUGAAGACCUAGAAAGCCUGAUAGUAUUACUAGAAAAUUUAAUCAAGUCCAUUAUUCAAAAUCUUCACCAAUCUGAUAGUCUCUCCUCCCUAGACCUUCAGUCCCUUCGGGCCCCCAAAGAGCCGUACAAUUCCACGUCAAAAAGCUGGCCUCGGAUAACAUACACCGAAGCGGUGGAGCUCGUCCAAUCGCAUCAUGAGGAACAUCCUUCUGAAGCCAAUAGACUUCCACCCAUUACUUGGGGUCAACCACUGGCAUCUGAACAUGAGAAGUGGCUUUCGGGAACCUAUGCCCGAGUGCCGAUUUUCGUGACGGAUUAUCCGGCUUCAAUCAAACCGUUUUACAUGAGACAGACUGCAAAACCCUCUGACUUGUCUCAAAAGCGCAAAACUGUCGCAUGCUUCGACUUGCUGGUUCCGGGAGUUGGAGAAUUGGUGGGCGGAUCGCUACGAGAAUCGAAUCUGACCAAGUUACAAGAAAACAUGAUGCAAAAGGGGAUGAUUACCGGAGGGGAAGCGGUCGAUGAUAGUCUGUCUAACGCACAUGAGGGUCAAGAUCACAAGUUUCAAUGGUAUCUUGAAUUGCGAAAAUUUGGAAACCCUCGCACUGGUGGGUUUGGCAUCGGUUGGGAGAGGCUUUUGUCUUGGAUAACGGGGGUGGAAAAUGUUCGAGAAUGUAUUGCUUUUCCGCGUGUGACCGGAUCGGGUCAUUGCUGAACAUAUAUAUCUCCAUCACUUCAUAGCCAUUGAUUAUAUUUACAGAUUUGAUGCCCUUUUCAAUUUUUGUUACAAUCUGCUCCAUCGCUGGUUUUCUUGCUGUGGCGCCUCCACAAUCUUCACGGAAAUAUAUGUAUUUUC